ACAUUUGAAAAAGGUCGACCAAUCGGAGGGCAGCUCUGCGGGGGCGCGGCUCGGCCCGGGAUUGUAUUUAAAGCCCUAGAUCGAUCAAAUUCAGCACUCACUCGCUCACCGCCACCGAAGCAAGUCAUUCUGUUGGAGUUCCGAAUUCUAGUGAAAGGAACACGUGUACUUUAGUGAAGUUUAUUUGUGUUUUUAUUUGAUUGUGAUAUACGAAGUGGUUGUGUCUUCACGAUGUCUCCGAACGAUAGCGCGGGUCGUGAUCCCCAACAGAACAAUAUGGAUCCCUUGCCUAGGGAUCAGGGCGUCCCUGACAGCCCGCCCUACAGCCCUAGCUCCCAGGGAAGCGCCACGCCUCCCCCACCCCCCUUGCCUGGUUUCCAAGACGGGAUCGAGGUCGUGCUCGAUGCAGAUAACUUCAAUAGACCUGGUGGUGAGAGGCCGAGGGCCAAUAAUAACAGACUCUUCACCAGAAGGAGCAGAAAUAGACAUAGGGGCGAAAGUAGCAGUAGCAGUAGCAGUAGCAGGGGCAGCAACAACUCAUCUCCAGAAGUAAGGAGGUACCGCACAUCCUUCUCCAGGGAACAACUCUCAAGAUUGGAGGGAGAGUUCUUCAGGGAAACAUACGUCAGUAAGCAGAAGCGAAGGGAGUUGUCGAGGGACUUGUCCCUUGCGGAAUCCACGAUAAAGGUGUGGUAUCAGAACAGGCGCAUGAAAGAAAAGAGGCAGAAGUUAUCCGUAUCCUUCUGGCCUUACUCGUGUCCUGCCAUGGCACCGUGCUUCCCCGCCGCCGCUCGUUACUACUCCGGAGUGAACUACAUCGCCAAUGCUCCUUACGCAGCCCCUUACGCGCCUUACCCGGGGCCCUCCGUCGGUUAUGCCCCUGGACCCUCACCGGGCAUUCCCCCGCCACCCUUAGCCUAUCACGGAGGUCACGUCCCCGGGUGUCCUACUUCUCACGUCCACCCAGAUUAUUGCCGCUGCGUCUAUUACGCCCUCGCCUGUAGGGCGGCUGCUGCUGCUGCCGCCGCUGCUGCUGCAGCACCUGCCCCCGCCCCCGCCCCAAACCCGUUGCUCGUUCCGCAAUACCCUCUCCCAGCCCCGAUGCGCAAUCCUCAGCCGUUCGUGCUUCCAGCCGAGGCCGCCCAGCGUAACGCCCGGGCAGCAGCCCGUCCACCGCCCCAGCAGGUGGCUCCUCGUCAAGAGAACGUGCCCUCAGCAUCCGCUUUGCCCCAACUCUUCAAGCCGUACGCCGAGGAACCAGCUAAGAAGUCCGAGUAGAGGAAAUCGAGCUACGAUGAAUACUGUUCUGAUCAUUGAUGAGUAAUUGGCCUCCAAAAGGUUUUUGUAAGAAGUCACAGCGCAUCGUCACAUUUCGCUUGUAUCAAUUAGCCAGGUUUAUCCCUUUUUAUUUCAUUUUUUUUCUUUCAACAUAAAUUCAAACAAUAGGAACGCUGUAAUUCCCGAAGGUCUAUUCAAUAAUUAAAGCUUCAUUCAUUUAUUUUGUCAAUUUUAAAGUACCAUUAUUGAUUUAUGCAUUUUGCUUAUAGAUUCAUUAUUAAGUCAG